CUAAGAAGCGGGGGGAAAAAACAGAAGGAGAUAAGAAGAGGGAACGCACCGCUGCAGGGAGAGGCGACGCGCCGGGGUGAUGGAACGACGAAGAGGGAAGCAGUCGACGGCGGCGGAGGUGAUGACGGUGGUUUUGGUGGUGGAGGGGUGGAGAAAGAAAAGGGGAAGGAUGACGCAAGGGAGUUUAUAUUGUGGAGGCAGCCAUUGAAGCUUUGGUGCUCUCAUCUGGGCGGGAGUGUUAACACUUCCACUCUACUUCAGAUUAAGAUGGGUUCAUUGCGCAGUGGUAAUCCAGUAUGCUGCCAGCAGCAAUUUCCUCGUAUUGGAGCUUGCCUGCUUAGAAAGACUGGUGAUCUCAGGAUAUCUAGGUCUGCGUCAUUUGUUCGUAAUAGCAAUGAUGGGAGGAAGCUAAGGGCGACGCUAUCUGUCGAGGAACUUCCCCCAAAUGCAUUCCGCCGGAAGAAUGAUCCACGAUGGAGGGGAGGGUUCAGUCUUGGGGUGGAUCUUGGACUGUCUCGAACUGGUAUUGCCCUUAGCAAAGGCUUCACUGUUCGUCCUCUCAUGUUUCUGAACAUUGUUUCAGCUGUGUUUAAGGUGUUGGAAAUGCGAGGACAAAAGCUUGAGUUACGGCUUCUUGAGAUUGCAGAACGUGAGGAGGUAGAUGAGUUUAUAGUUGGUCUUCCUAGAUCCUCGGAUAGCAAGGAGACCCCACAGUCCAACAAAGUUCGUAGUGUUGCUGGAAGACUUGCUGCUCGAGCUGCUGAAAGGGGCUGGAGAGUAUACUUACAAGAUGAACAUGGUACCACCACAGAUGCCAUGAACCGUAUGAUUAACACGGGACUCGACAAGGAAACUCGGCAAAAGCAAAUCGAUGCAUAUGCUGCUGUGAUGGUGUUAGAGAGGUACUUUUCCAGGUCAGGCAGUGGAACUGAGCUUGUAGUACCGAAGCAGUUGGAUCUACAAGAUAAGCUAAGAAAGGGUCCACCAAAGGAUAUUGACUUUUAUCCAGAUGAAUAA